AUGGGGAUGGGGAGCGUUAUCGCGAGGCCCGUGACUGGGAGCGGUAUCGUGAGGCCCUUGGCCGCCCCCGAUGAGCCAAGCCACAACAACACAGAGGAUGAGAAAGAACGGGAGAAGCAUGCGAGGGAGCGAUUGCGAAAGGAAGAGGAGGAGGAAAAGGCGCGAAUGGAUGAAGAGGUGAAGAAGGAAUUGGAGAGGAUGGAGCGAGAACUGGAGGGACACAGGCAGCAGCAAGAUCAGGAACGAUUGCGCAAGCAAGCAGAGAAGCUAGAGCGGGAUACGAAAAGGGAGGUCGAGGCAAGAGAACGCGAACGGAAGGAACGCGAGGAGGAAGAAUGCAAGGCGAAGGAGCAACAGCAGCAAGAGGAGCAACGACGGAAGGAGGAGGAGGAAGCAAAGCAGAGACAAGCGCUGAAGAGCGAAAAGGAGCUCGAGCUGGAGAGCAGACGACUCGAAGAUGAACGUCUACACAAGGAACGCUUGCAAAGAGAGGAGAAGGCGCGAUUGUGGAGGCUGCGAGAAGAGAACAAAGCGGCCGUAAAGAUUCAAGCCAGAUGGAAGGCAUCGCACGAAAAGCGAAAAUUCCAAGUGAUGCGGAAGAUGAACUUGUAUCGGACACAAGUGGCCCAAGAGAUCCUCUCUACAGAAGAAAACUACGUCAAGACGCUGCGCGAAGUCGUAGAGCACUUCGUGAGGCCGCUCAAGGAAGCCGUGGCUCGCGGCAAGCCCAUAAUCUCGAACGAUGAGAUUAAAACGAUAUUCUCGCACAUCCAAAUAAUCUUGGGCUACAACGACGCCCUGCUCGAGGAUCUGAGGAAGAAGACGAGUUCCUGGCAUCCGUACCAAAUGAUCGGCGACGUGUUCCUCAAAAUGGCCGCCUUCAUGAGGGUGUACACCGACUACGUGCGCAACUUCAACGACGCGCUCGCUAUGAUCCAGGAGUGUAAGAAAUCACCAGAGUUCCUGGCCUUCUGUAACGACACCUACCCGAAGAUGAGCGUCGUUCAGGCAGACCUUUCCUCGUACCUCAUCACACCUGUACAGCGCAUCCCUCGAUACCAGCUCCUUGUCCGAGAUCUGCUCAAGCACACCUGGAAGGAGCACAGCGACUACGACAACCUAGAACAAGCGCUGCAGCAGAUCACGACGACUGCCAUUUACGUAAAUGACAAGCAAAAGGAGGCCGAGAACAUCCAGAAGAUGCUGAACAUCCAAGGCAGCUUGUACGGCAAGAAGCUUGUGAAUUUGGUGGACCCUCAACGCCGCUUCAUCAGGGAGGGCUCCCUGGUCGAAAUCAACCCCAAGGGCAAGGGCAAACCGCGGUGGUUCUUCCUCUUCACCGACCUUCUGGUCAAGUGCAACAUGUCCAACACCAUGAAGAAGAAGACCUUCAAGAAGGGGUCCGGCGCCCCCACCUUCGAGUAUGUAGAACAGAUCCCUUUGGAAGGUUGCGAGCUGGUCAACACCGCCGACGAGGGCGACAAGAAGCACAGUUUUCAGGUCGUGAGCUCACCACCAGGCCUCUGGCUCUGUGCCUCCGCCGAGGAGGAGAAAACCGAGUGGAUUAAGGACCUGAAAGAAUGCAUCAAGUUGCUCAAAGAAAAGAGCGACCUUUAUGAUGAGCACGCCACCAAGAUCGCGUCCCAGCGAGCAGCGGCGGCGAAGGCUCUAAUUUCGGAGCAGUACACCGGCUACCGAGUCAGGGGUUCCUAUACUUCAGCGAGCGGCGCCAAAAGAGCCGAAGCAAGGAAAGGAUCGCUGGGCGGGAACAAUCCGAUGGAGCUGCCAGACGAAGACACAGACUUGGGCAAGUCUUCUUUCCGAUCCCUCUCUGCGCAGGAGCGCUUCCAGCUUGCCAAGCAAGCCGAGCAGCGGCUGGGCUUGCUUCUUGAAGAGGAGAAGCUGCAGGAGCAGAACAGGUUGGAGGCCGGCUAUGAGAGGGUCAGACAGUUCAAAGACAGCAUGGGCAAGAGAUACUCGAACGCCUCCGAGGAUAUGAGCUCGAUGGACGGCAGCGACUGCGAUGAAACUCUCGACAGUAGCGAUAGUAGCUUCAUCUCAGAUCUGAACGAAGGCAUCAACACGGAAGCGACCUCCGGUCGGACUAGCCGUGUCGGCUCCUUCGAGGAGAGCGAAGGAUCCCUGAACGACAGCGGGUCCACUUUCAUCCAGCCCGGCAAAAGGCGAUUUGCCAGCAUGAAGAGGGAACAUUUCCGAGGCGCGGGCGGGUCGUCAUCGCCGAAGUCUAACUCGCUCCCAGCUUCGCCCAAAGAAGAUCGAGAAGAGGCUCCACUGGCCGGGAGCGCGACGAAGCUCAACACCGACGCGCCAGCCGCCGGAGCACCAAAGACGAGGAAGUUCGCCAGCCUCAAGAGGGAGGAUUACCGCAGUGCACGCGCGUCUCGAUACACUUCCUCGGGACCUUCGUCGAUCGGAUCGUCGGGUACCGACCUCUCAGCGAUGACCGACGAUGCAACGCUGGACAAGGAAGAGAGCGACGUGGUCAUUCACGAAGACGCCGCGCCGACACCGCUCGCCGCCGUUCUGGAGAAGGAACGACGGAAAACGAAAACUAACUACGCAACGGGAAGGCAGAGGUACCCCUCAGUCCACUCCAAGGACCUGCCGGCCGGCGGAGAUUUUGGCGACGUGGCGGACAUGCUCACGGAGCUGAAGAAGGGCAAGGCCGACAGCUCUCUCGGCAACAGCAGCACGAUGGCCGGUGCCGCGGCCUCCGUCGCUGCGGGAGGCGACGAGAGCAAGAAGAAGAUCAAGAAGAAGAAGAAGUUCAGCUCACUCAGGCCCCUCGAGAAGAAGUCCUCUGCCGCGCUCGUCGAUGGAAGCAAGGAGGAGUUCGAGGAACCGGUCAAGAAGUACAGCAGCAUGAAGAGGGACGACUUCAAGGCCCACUCUGCCGCCUUCGGUGCGAUCGAGCUCAAGGACAUGGUCGCGGUGGCGAGGCCUGCCACGGAUCGGGACCCGAUUCCCUCUUCCACUCCCAACGGGGGCGGUGCGCCGAAGCGACGAUUUGCCAGCAUGAAGCGGGAGAAUUACAAGAACUUCAAGCAGCUCAGCGCAGACUCGGAGCGGGAAUUCGACGACGCGGCCGACGACGCCAAGCAGUAA